AAUACAGGAGGGCGUUCUCUUGCAAUUAACCUCAUUAUUUAACUGUCCUAUUCCUUUCGGUUAAUUUUUCAUUGAGGAAGUUCACAAAAAUGUAAAAUAGGAGUUGGCUUGUUUUCAUAUUUAUGGGAGGACUACAGAUGUUUUGUUUGCAUUUUUGCAUAACGAUCUGUAGAAAAAAAUGAUUAAUUGGCUUUGGCUGAUCGAACAAAGCAUCUGCACAAUGGAUUGGACAAUUUUGUAAAUUCACAGGAACUGCGAGUUUUGAUAUAUAUCACAUAGUGGGAAAAGAAACAGUAAGUGAUAGAGGACCAAACUUUGAAACUUUGAAGCUGUAAUUGAAGUCCACGUUUGGGAUCCAUUCGCCACCAUCCCGGGACUUCCGGGCCUGGCAAACAUGGCGGAAAUGUUUACACGGAAGAGUCCUCGUGGCUCUAAGAUACGCCACACAAUACUAUGGUUCGGCUUUCGUCACUUCACUACAUCCUCAGCAAUAUAGAGCAGAAAAAAACGAAGUAAUACAUGCGGUGGAUAAGCGGAAAUGGUUGUAAGAUGAGCCAUGGAUACCCAGAUACUAACCUUUUCCAUUUUGGUUGCGUCGGUGGUAUUUGCUAAGGAGCUAGGCUGGAUGAAAUGGGAUGCAUUCGAUGAUCUGGAUUUGAAGUUCCGGAGUACGACAGGUGAAAACUGUAGGUCAAAGAGCAUCGACGAUUUACUCAUGCCUAAAGAUGUUUUGACACAGAUACCCAAGUUUAACGAAUUACAAACCAAGGUAUUCCGCAAAAAUCGAACAAACCUCAUUCAACUCCACAAUAUGGCUUUAAAUCGAGCUUAUUUCUUCAGUUAUAUAUUCCAAAGACUGAACACGUCCGACACCUUUAAAAUCUUACCAAAUGUACACUAUCUGUACCUGUCGGUAGCUGCUGACGUCAAUGCAAAUCCCAAAUUAAUCAAUGGUAGUGCUCUGUAUUUCGACAAUGACUGUUAUUAUCCCAACUGGCUGACGAACCACGACUGGAAUCAUACUAUCCCACUGUUUGCACCACGAGCAUGGCGAUGGGACGAUACCUUUGACAUGGAAAAUUAUCUGAGAGAACCCACCCUAAACACUGCUUUCGUAAUGGACGCCGGUAGUGGCUUUAAUAAAAAUUAUACAAAAAACGGAUUUCGAACGAAUCCGUGGUAUAAAUUUUGGCUACCAGACACACAGCCGAUCUACGACUCAACGUACAAAUUUACUUGGAGUGUAAAUCUAAAGUUUUCCAAUGCUACGGGUGUUUUUACCCAGAAGACGUUUGAAGGGUAUAACUUCUUCGGACCAAAUAACCCCGGGACUCACGAUCCAGUGGAAAAACUUCCUGUGCGUUUUACUAGGCCUUACUUCGACUGUGGGCGAUCCAAUAAGUGGGUAGUAUCUGCCGUGUCCCCUAUAGCGGAUUUCAUGCCGAGGUAUAGCAACUGGACUCAUCUCCGACGACCUAGAUUUAUAGGUGUUGCGGUGAUGGAUACAUAUUUUGAGAAGAUAGAUUUUAAUUCAUGUGGGAUAAGUGCUGGAAACCCAGGCCCAAGUUACCUGGCAGGAAUAGACAAAUGCAAAAAGCAUUCAGGGUGCAAACAUCUGAGCGGUUUUGGGUUUAGUCGAGGCGGCUAUAGAUGUAAAUGCAGAUCAGGAUAUAGGUACCCAAAUGACAUUGAGCAGCCUUACUGGGGUGCCAACAUAGAACAGUCUACACUCACAGAGUACCGGGAAGGAUUCAACUGCUCGCCAGUAGACCAUUUACGAGUCCUACCAGCCAUUGAUAUGAUAGAGAGUGUAUCUAUUGAAUUCUUCGAAGAAGAUUAUAACACCGGUGUCAUCAAAACACGAUCAUUGAAAUCCGUCAACAAACCAAAAUCACCAGAGAUCCAUACAGAAAACAAGAAGCGUCGUAGGAGGGCGCUCCAUGACCGACCUCUUUUUGAUCAAAAGGCGUAUGACCGGAUGUUAAGAAUAUAUCGCCAGAAAUCCAAAGUAACUGGAUCAAAUUGUCAAUCCUUACCUCCCUCCAGCUUGAUCCUCCCUGGAGACGUUGGAUACGGGACGGACUCUCAGUUUAAGUACCAGGCUAGCACAGCUCUCCGACUGUCUCACUUUUUGUCUGCAUAUCUUCAGACUGUAGAAGAAAUGGAUUCUUUCGGCCAUAUAAGAGGAGGAGGGCGUCUGCAUUUUGAACAUUUGUUUGCAGAAGUGUUGGCUAAUGUGAUGUCCGAUUUUAAAAUUUUAUCCAGUGGUAUAUUUUACGAACCUUACACAUUUCAAAGUCCCAACGAAUCAGCCCGCGAGUUCUUUGGUCCGUAUGCAUACAGACACAAAGGUGAAUUUUACGUCAUUGACACCGCGGGACUAGACAAGUAUUACACACAAGAGGUUUGGUAUGAGGAUGUCAAAUACCGGUGGAACACCAACACAGAAAAUUUGCAGACCUUUAAUAUCCGGUCAAUGGUGCGGUCAGAUAUAAACGGUUCAAGCAGUUUCCGGCAUGAAUAUUUUCCUUUAACCUACAAAGCACCCAAUUUAGAGCAGGGUAUUUGGAUGCCACCUGUAUUUAAGUGUGAUGGCCGAACAGAUACUUGGGUUAUGACGUUCGUAGUGCCGUUUUUUCGAUCUUUGAAGAUAUCAAGAAAAGUUCAGUUCUCAGGAGUCGUGACUGUGGAUGUUCCCUUAGACUUACUCGAGAUCAAUCCGUGUCCCCAGUCGUUCUACGUUAACAACGCAUUUAAGAACACUGCUCGAUGUCACACAGAGUCCACCACGUGUCGUCGGAUAAAGGGAUUCCGGUUUUCUCGCACGGCUUAUGGAUGCGACUGUAAACAGGGCUACGAGUAUCCAUUCAGAGACAAAAAACGAUGGAUAGCAGGUGCUCUAAUUGAAAUGGAGUAUCAGAAAAAACUGAGAGGAUUGUUUAGUAGGUACGACUCCCUCCGAUGUAGAAUAUCAGCCAGCUCGAAGUUAUCAUACAAUUCAGUAAUCAUGCUCAUACAAUUAUUCAUUAUUUAUCUCAUCACAUGAAUAUGUAAUCAAUUUAUCAAAUUCCUUGCAAUGCUUUAAAUAAUAAAACAUUUAUCCAAUAGUA